CGCUCGUUAGCUGCUCUAGAGAAGAAUCCGGGGAAUGCGAAUUCGUCGUCGCAGCAGGCGGUAAACAGAAUGAGUAUAAAAUCUCUGGCCGGCAUUUCCGGCACGGAAAACACGUGGCCCACGCGAUUAAGACUGGUUGGCUUUGGUCUCGAGCCAUUCUACUGGGACCUCUGCAUGCUCCUCCUGCUGGUAGCCAAUCUGAUAAUUCUGCCAGUCGCCAUUAGUUUUUUCAAUGACGACCUAAGCACUAGGUGGAUAGCCUUCAACUGCCUUUCCGACACGAUAUUCCUCAUAGACAUUGUCGUCAACUUCAGGACAGAUUUUAAAAAGAUUAUUGCAUCUUCAACACUUAGUCAACUUAGGUUUUAUAAUAAGUAUCUUGUCAAUAGAAAUGUAUGAAUUGACUUUUUUACAUUUAUUUAUUCACGCUCUAUUUAAAUCGAUGUUUACGUGUGUAGGAAGUUUUAUCCAUUAUAUAAAAGGUAUAAUGCAACAGGAUAACGCCGAACAAGUGAUCCUGGACCCGAAGUUAAUCGCGAAACACUACCUCAGGACUUGGUUCUUUCUCGACCUCAUUUCCUCCAUACCACUAGACUACAUUUUCCUCAUAUUUAAUCAAGACUUUAGCGAGUCCUUCCAGAUCCUGCAUGCUGGCCGUGCUCUCAGGAUCCUCAGGCUUGCGAAACUGUUGUCUCUCGUUAGGUUACUACGGUUGUCAAGACUGGUGCGGUAUGUCUCGCAAUGGGAAGAAGUCUAUGUGAGUGUUUAACCAUUAUUUUCAUUUUAUACAUACAUAUAUAUAUAUAUAUAUAUAUAUAUAUAUUCUAUAUAUAUUUUUUUUUUCAUUUGAUAUUUUAUAUAUAUAUAGUAUUAUAUGUAUACUAUUUAUAUAUAUAUAUAUAUAUAUAUAUACAUCUCAUAUAUAUAAUAUACCCGAUACAGCUCGCGUCACCCUUUUACAAAAGAUAUGAAAAGAAACCAAGCGUCUCAUCGUCGUGUCUUUUGUUUAAUUGUCAGUUUCAAAAAGUGACUGGCUCUUUCUUAUAUAUAUAUAUAUAUGUGUGUAUAUAUGUAUAUAUGUAUAUGUAUAUGUAUAUAUAUGAUAUGUAUAUAUAUAUGUAUAUGUAUAUAUAUGUAUAUGUAUAUAUAUGUAUAUGUACAUGUAUAUAUAUAUUAAUUUUAUUUUUUUAAUUUUUUUUUUAAUACCUUUGAAACCUCUCUAUCUGGCCGCGCUGUCUGUCUGUACAGCUUUGCGUCGCCGUUGGUUGCAGUGUUUCCCUGAUUUGUUCUAGGACGAUGAUUCGGGCCUGGCUGGUCCCUUCGUGAUAUCCAUUCUUUCUUCUUCUUUUUUCUUCUUUUUUUUUUUUUUAGUUUUGA